CUUUGAGAAGAGACUGAGCAACACGAAGCCAAACGAGACUGAUCUGAUCGCUAUCUUGCUUUCGCACGAGUCUCUGACUGUCGAUUGUGUGCUGUUGUUUGUACUUCAGCAUGGCGGUCGUCAUCCGUUUACAGGGACUAAAGGUCACAGCAGGUUCUGAGGAUAUUCGCAAGUUCUUCACUGGCCUCAAAAUUCCGGAUGGAGGGGUGCAUAUAAUUGGUGGGGAGCGAGAUGAAGCUUUCAUUAUCUUUGCUUCGGAUGAAGAUGCAAGAAGAGCCAUGAUACGGUCAGGAGGUUGCAUUAAGGGGUCACCUGUUGCAUUGCUACUAAGUAGUAAAGCAGAGAUGCAGAACGUGCUUGAAAAAAGUGCAAUAAAUGCAGAGCCAGAUCAAAAGAGGCGACUCGAGGAGAAUGCGAGGUGCGCUAGAAGAUCUGUGGACCCGGAGAUGGGCAGGAGAUCGGCGAGCAGAUCGGAUUAUUCUCCCCUCCACCACCAGAGGGCUUCAAACUCGAAUGACUUUUUGCACGUGUUUCUAAAAGGAAUGCCAUUUUCUGUGACCGAAGAGGAAGUCCGGGACUUUUUCUGUGGUUUACGAAUUGAUGAAAUUGUCUUAUUGAAAAAUGCAAAUGGUACAAACGAUGGGAAAGGUCUGGUCCAAUUUGCAACAAAAGAGGAUGCAAAUGAAUCCCUGAAGAGGGAUAGGGGAUACAUUGGCUCGAGGUAUGUGGAGAUUUCCACAACAACGGCAGACGAUUGGCGCCGGGUUACAGGCAAAAUGGCGAUGGCUGUCAACACGGAUGAUAACUUUGAAAGGGACCGAUCACCCAUUCGCCAGCAAAGGAAUCCACAUCCUGUGAGGUCACAAUCACCUUUUGCUCCGAUGCCCGUUGCCGCUUCUGACAAUGAGUACUGCGUUUUGAUGGAAAAUCUGUCCUUUACAGCUGAUAAAGAAGACGUAAAAAGUAUUUUUCGAAAUGCAAAGCUUGAGGAUGACCAGAUUCUCUACUUGAUGGGCAAUGAUGGGAGAAGAACGAGGUCCACAUUUGUGCUGUUCAAAAAUCUGCCUGACUAUUGUGACGCCAUAUCUCCUGAAAAACGGCAGUUUUUCAACCGGUGGAUUUAUACACGGCCAAUCUCAAGAGAGAAAAUGAUCGCCCUUCUGGAAGCUCAGAGCACCGAUGUCGGACCGUCUAGCACCAAUGUCGGACCUUCUGGAAACUCUGAACUUCAGGAUCGGCCUCCGUCUUAUGACUCAGAGAAAGUUUGUGUGUUCAUGCGGAACCUACCAUUUGAUGUGCAGAAAUUUGAGAUCAUGAACUUCUUCCUCGGGUUUAAUAUCACAGAGGACAAGGUGUUUGUGCUGCAUGACCAUGAAGGUGCUGGAGUUGGGAAGGCUUUGGUUCUCUUCCGGGCGGAGGCGGAGGCUAUGAGUGCACUCUCUCGCAAUGGACAGAGGUGUCUUGGGUCAGAAGUCCUACUCAAAUGCAUUUCACGUUCUCAGAUGCGGCAGUUGGGUGUUGAGCCGCCACUGGUGCAAGAACCAAUUGUGCAACAGCCGCUGCAAAGAGAUGAGCGAUUCUCAGGCAGGAGAAGCGAGGCGUCCUACCACCCCGGUGACACACAAUAUCCUGACCUUAGGAUUCCUCAGGACGGUAAUGUACCAAUGGCUAAUACACACGCCCACGGCUAUGGAGGCUGUGAGAAUCAGCCCUAUGCAGUCGGCCCUUACGGCCCACACGGCGGAGGUAAUGGUGUUCAUGGUGGCUUUGGUCCCCCAGUGCAGCAUUUUGAUAUUCACACCUGCGUUAAGCUACUUAACUUACCAUUUCAAAUCAGAAGUGAAGAAAUCUAUGACUUCUGCUAUGGGUUUCGCAUUGUCCCUGGAUCUGUCACACUUCACUAUCACCAGAGUGGGAAACCGAAAGGCACCGCAACUGCAGUAUUUGAGUGCCGUCAGGAGGCGUUAACGGCAGUUGAGGAACUGAGUGGAAGACCCAUUGGUCCAAGAAAAAUACAUCUAAUACUUGUGUGAAAGGGAGAUCUUUUCACGGCACCUUAUGUGCCCUAGCAGUGUAGUUAGGACACGUUAACAAUGUUGAUGAAACAAGUUUAUUUAAAGGAAGCUAUAGGCUUUUCUUUCUAUUUUUUAUAUGAUUUUUAUUUUUUACUCUUUAUGCCAUGGCUUUGUGAUUGUAGAAGCUAUUUAUUUUGUUAAUAUUUAGUUUUUUGUUUUUUUACAAGCAGCAUUGUUUAAUGAUUUAAAUAAAGUUUUCUUAUUUAGGUUAGAUUGUUUUAGGAUAGCUUUUUCAUUGAUAACUUUUAGUUUAAUUAUUUUUUGUCUGGAUAUACUUAGUCUUUUGGUUGUUCAUUUGUUUAUUCCUUGGGUAAUGCUGUGGGCACUUGGGGUUAUCUGUAGGAGUAGGCAGGGGCGGGACCAGCAUGAACCUCGGUAGGUCUAUGUUUAUUUUUAUUUUUUUACAAUAGCGGGAGAAGAAGCAUGAGGAGGUCCUUUGUUCUUUUGUUUGCUUUAGUUAAAUAAAUUAGCGUCCCUUUCAUUUGUGGUGUCUUGUUUGUUUUUUGUAUAUAUAAAUAUAUACAAAUGUACUAGUGGCCAAUCAUUGUGAAUAUAAUGAAAUUUGCUAUACAUUUUUGGUCUUACUGUGGGUUUUUCUUACAUGUUGGACUUUGGGGUUUUUAUUCUUUGCUUAUCCUAAAAAUAAGCACUCGAUUUGGGGUUCUCAUUUGCUCAAUCAUUGACAUUUGUGGGGGAUUUAACUUCCGACAGUGUGGCAAAUGUAUGUAAAUUGCAUUUUGCUACAUGUGGCUGGUGUUUAAGUGUUUUUAUAAAAAAAUACAUACCUUUUUAAAUUGUCAGUUUUUCUUCAUAGAUCUGUCACAUACAAUGUGAAUGCAUUUUGCUUACAUUAACUGUGUAUAAAACUUGCUUGUUAAUCACCAAUAAUAACAGGAAUGAGCUACUCACCGCUCUGAAGGGUAUAACCUUAAAUCUAAUUGUUAGGAUUUAGUUGGGAUGUUUGCCUUUUUUAUAAAAAGUAUCAUUUGUGAAAAUGUCCCUCCUAAUAAAAGAAAACGAUGAAGUUUGA